AUGCAACACGCUGUGCACGCAAGUGGUGAUAAGAAGAAAACAACCCACACAAAUGGUGCAAAGAAGAGGCUUGAGGAGAAGGUGCUAAGUGUAAUGGAGCAGUAUCCCAUGGCUCGUAAACCCGUGUUUUCUCAGUCAAAAGACGUGGAAGUUAAGAAACAACAAACGGGAGGAUUACCGCGAUAUCGUACCUGGAGUGCAUUGGCGGCACACCACACAGGGGAACACUCCACUCCAUUUGCUGAGGCUGCGCAUACGAGCCCAUCGCCUGGGAAUAAUAAUGAGUCUAGGGAGGAACAUAUUCCUCAAUCUUACGCUCGAAUGGGACUAGUGGAAAGAAUUAGGGCUGAAACUUUACGACGGGCACAUAUGUUGAUUGAACAACAAUUGCGUCUCCGAAGAGCUGAGGCAGAUUUUAUGCGUUGGGCAUCUAGUACAAAAGAUGAUCAAGAGAAGGAGAAAAUGGCUAAACAAGAUAUGAAUAAAAUGUCAGAUGAACAAACCACAAAUGUAACCGUAGUCAAUACUUCCUCGUUAAUAGAUCCUUCCGUAACUAAGAGUAAUCAUAAUGAAGAAGAAGGAAAAAUUAGGCCUUUAGUUGAUAUUCGUAGUAUAAAAGGUAUACAAUCACGAACACGAUUUCCUCUUCUUUCCACGGAUGAAGAUUCAGAUCAACGGCGUCAAUAUUUUAUAGGAGGACCUCUUAGAGGACUUCUUGAACGUCCAUAUGGAACUUUGGGAACUGAUGAUGAAAAGAAUACCUUAUAUGUUAAUAGUUCAAAAGGAGUAGGAGGAGUUGCUCCAUUAAAUGAUCGUAGUAUGUUACCCACAUUUCAAGUUGGUUUAUCUCAUUCUCGUGAACCUUUAUCAUUACCGCCAGCCACUUCCCCUGAAGGAGUGACGGAUAAAACUGCUGAUAUGUCUGUACGUCGUCUUGUUGGUGUACCCAAUCAUAAUAGAGGUCUCUAUGCAGCUCUUAUUACGGAGUGGAGAAAAGCAAGUAGGGCUAAGGCAUUGACGCGAAUGCUUCUCCGUAGUCGAGCACGUCCAUCAACAUGGUGGAGGUUGGCAGGAUCUCGUGAAGGAAUGUUAACCGCCGCAAGGGCUUUAGGUCUUGAUUCUGCUACUUAUCAAGCAUUGGUUACCCGUUUUAUGAGAACAAAGAAAGGUGAUAAAUGGACAGCCGCAGUAGCAGAAGCAAUGGCAGCAGCAACAGGAGGAGAAGCAGCAAUGACAGCAGCGGGAAUAGAUUCAACUCCAGGAACAACUGGAGGAGUUGGUUCUGGAAUACACUCUCUGUUAGAAGGAGAUGAGGAAUUAAUGGGUAUGUUGCAAUUGGCGCGGCAAAUAGGUCGAUUAGAGAUGACUGGUGCAGUCUCUUCAGAAGAAAUUGCCCGAUUAUUAGAACAAGAUGAAGAUACAAUGAGGCAACAACUAGAACAACUUUCGAAAUCAGAGGAAGUGCAAAAGCAAGCGGGAUUAUUAUUCUCUGCAUCUGAACAAAUGAUGGCUGGAAUGGAUGAUGCAUCAUUUCAUGAAUUAGCGAAAUCGUUAUUACAGGAGAAACGACGAGCUGCUUUAUCAGCGAGGGAGCAUCGUAAAGGUGAAAAGGGUACUUUGCAAGAUGGAACCACAUCUCCUUGGGAAAAACGUCCUGAUUCACAUGGUAGUACUGAUUCUUUUACAGGACUAAAAGAAUGUUUACCUUUACUCAUUAGACCAGGAGCCGAAGGUGGUGAGCAAAUGACAGAGGAAGAAGCUGCUAUUUACUGGGGUACCAUGAGUAAAAGUGAGCAACAAGCAAUAAUAGCUGCAGCAAAAGCAAAAGCAGCAUGUUCUUCAACUAUACUUGGUAGUGAUGAAAAUAGUGAUGAUAUCACUGUUGAAGAUAAUGUAGGAGGUACUAGAAUAAGUUCAGCAGAUAUUUAUGCACGUCUUCCUCCACUAAGAGGAUUAGAUGAAGGAAAGGCAUAUGAAUUAGGUACUCCAGGUAUACGCAAAGGACGAAAGGUUCAUUCAGCAUAUCCUAAUGCAUAUUAUACUGGUGACUCUCGUCAUGGAGCGGCUUCCAUUGAUGAAGAUGCAUUUGGUAAAACCAAGAAACCCAGUGAAAUGAAAGAAUUACUACCAUCUAGUGCGGGAGAAAAAGAUGGACGAGGAAAGAAAGAGGAUGGUACCUUAUCACCAGAUGAUGAUGAAAAGGAUAAUACAUACCGAGGUCCAGAAUGGUGGAAGAAGAAAACACCACCAUCACGCGGUAAAGCCGAUCGACACUCUGCUGGAGUGAGAGAUAAUGCAACUACAGAUGAUCGUAGUGGUACGUCUGGCAGUAAUGUAUUUGAUGCUGUAGUGCCGGGAGCGGAUUUGGUGGAAGUAUUCACACCACCACGUCAACGUCGUCGUCCAAAGCGGCUACAGGAAGAUGAAGAAGAAAGAUUGGGUGAUGAUUCUCGCUCGACUAGACCAGGAACACGAGGAAAGGGAGAUGCACUGCCACCAAGUUGGACAGUUGAGAAGAUACGUACUGGAUCCGCACGGGAAAUGUCUAGAAAAUUUGUUCGUUAUGCAUAUGAUGGUUUACCACGUAAGAAGAGUAAAGAUACGGGAAAGGAAGGGAUUUCACGUGGAAAGAGUCGCUGGAAGGUACCAGACUUUGCUCAUAUACCAAAGAGUGCAAAACGUGUGGUUCGACAAUUAGAUGAUGUGAGCUGUAGCGAUGACGAUGAUAAUGAGCUUAGCAGUUUCUUUGAUAAUGAUGAUGAAGACUUAAUGCUAUUUCUUGCAACAUUUCCAGAAGAAGAACAUCAUGUGCGUCUUCGUAAUGAGGCAAAGGGAGUUUUAGGAGAACUUGCGGAUGCUAGUAGUUUAUUAUUAAACUACGCUGCUAAAGUACGAGCACGAGAACAACAACAACAGCAAGAAGGCCUCUUUGUACCACAAAAUCACCGCUCAAGUCAUCCUUCUCUUUCCGCAAAUGCAGAAGAGGAACAAAUGAUGCAAAUGAAAAUUAAUGCUGAAGAACUUCGCCGUCGUUUUGAACAAGAAGCUCGUGAGGAGUAUUCAGAUAUAUGGCAAACACUCUUACAACUACGGAAGCAAGUAGAAGAACAGGAUACAUUUCUUGAUGAUUGUGAAUUAGAUGUUCAACGAUUAUCAAGAGCAGCGGUUGGUGAAGAGCGUGACGCCUUUGCUUUACGUCUUACACGAGACGUUAAUGAAUAUGCAAAAACACACCGUCUUGAUAUUCGUCAACUACAAGUUGGUACAGAUGUAAAGCGUGAUUAUGAUGUUGCGGUACGAUCAUUUCUUCAGAGUUUUGCUCUCACAAGAGGACGACGUGUGGGUCGAGAUGUGGGUUGUCAAUGCACCCCAGAGGAUCUUGGCUAUGUCGAUCCACAGAUAAGGCGUACAGAAGAAGAUUUAGAGGAUUUGUACUUUCACGCUCGUGGACUUUUUGACGCUAUAAAACUUGCCAUUAUUGCUGUAGGUAAUGUGAUGAGCUUUCAUUCUUCAUUAGAACUGGAAUCCACAUGUAAGCGAUGUUUUUACAUAUUUGAGAGUCCACGUACAUUAUGGCCAUGUGGACAUACAUUCUGUCAACAGUGUCUUUCAGAUCUCUGUACACCGCAGGGGGAAAUAAUUUGUGAUGAGUGUUGUUCCCUGUGUGAAGUUGGUUAUACACCCAAUCUCUCACUUGAACUUCUCGCCAGUUAUCAAAUCGUCCAACACCAUCCUUAUGACGAUGAUGAUGAUGAUUAUGAAGAAGAAGAAGUCUCUAGUGGCUUGCAACGACGGACCAUUGAAGGGGUAUUAGCUGCACUGUUAAAAGAUCUCAUGAGUACACAGAGUUCCUUUGGGAAUACCAAGAGAUCAGGAGGAAUAGGGGGAAUGUCUACCACAACAGGAAAAUUUCGUAGUACUCUACAGCCAAUGUCAUCUCCAUCAGAACCAGUAAAGAUAGCUCCUUCUCUACCACCAGUAGUAGUAGCAGCAGAAGAGGCAAAAAAGGAAAAAGAGGCUGCUAAGACGGAAGUUGUUACUGAAGUUGCUCCUACAAGUAGUGCAACACAACCAAUGAUUUAG